UGGCACGUGCCCAAGCGCACAUUUCAAACUUAGGCGAUUGUGCGACCGCUUGAGGUGCGUGUGAGUUCGCAUGCGCAAAAAGCGAAAAGACCAGUCCUCCUUUUCCAUACUACAUGUGGCUGCGCUUAUUGAUCCCAAUCCUAUCUUGUUUACCGCCAAGCGGUCUAUCACAAAUGCACAACCCAAACGAAGGGUAUCACUGGGGCACAUGGUCCAGUCUCCCACUGACAUGCUCUGUAACGUGCGGUCGCGGCCUCAGGUGCCGUGUUCGGAAAUGUCUGGACGCGUUCGGUAAAGUUCAGACCAGUACAGAGCGAUGCAGUAAUCCGGAAGACUACGAAUCUAAAGCUGAGUCUUGCACAGUCUGUGUGGUGCAUUCACGUUGCCCGAACAUCGCCGGCUGGGGCGAGUGGGGCAGUUGGACGUCGUGUAUACCAAGGGAUACAAUCCAUCAACAGUCCACGGCAAAGUGUCAAGAAGGGAUUCGCACUAGACAUCGAAUAUGCAAUAACCCACCUCCGGAACCGCCUCCAUUUGGAAUCCCUUGUGUCGGGCAAAGUAGCCAAGCCAGUAACUGCAGCUACAAUUGUGAGGAAGAUGGGAUUAGAGAGGGUGGAAAUAUCGCACUACAAGUUCAACUACAGUUUGAAAAGGAUUAUAUCAAAGGUUUGAAGGGUAUUAGAAAUGUGCUAAGAAAGCGCAGAGGACAACUGGUACGACUGAGCUGUGACACACCGGCUCACCGAUUGGCCAAGGGACUUACGGUUCCGGACAGGUUUACAGCUGCUAAAAUGUCUCUAAGGAGCAAAGUACUAAGAGUGCAGUGGUAUAAAAACGGAAAGAUAGUCCACCUAAUCAAUCCAUAUUCUAAAAUCACUCCAACAAAAGGAAAAGCGUCCAGCAGCAUAUUCCUUUCUCCGGAUCCGUUGUCGGAUGAGGAGCAUCGCUGGGAGAACUUGUUGCCUUCUUCCCUUCCUCAGUUGGAGGAUUCUGACCUUGUUUUUACCAGCGUGCAGGAAGGUGACAGUGGGUUUUAUACUUGUGAGCUGACUUUUGGUGAAUACAAAUGGUUGACCGUAUUCUAUUCUCUGGUCAUUGUGGGCGUUCGUUAUUCUGCACAGCAGACCGAUCCCUUCUAUUUGCACUCAAAUCUUGGCCACGCUAACUCAUUAGAAGGAUUACCUGUGUGGUUUGAAGCAUCCCAAAUAGUGUGGAUGCUGAACGGAGCCGAAUUUUCUCGUGGUUUAACCUCACGGCCUGGGCGCCGAAUACAACAGAUCAAAAGGGUGAAUAUGACACACCGGGGUUUCUGGCAAUGCUUCUUACUAGUGCCUGCUGUUGGUCCGAUUUCGGUCUUGAACUCACCUAACCAACGAGUAGCAAGGAGAAUUUUACUCAGUGAAUUCGAACUCACUGUGCAUCCUACCUUGUCGUGGAUGUGGUCCCUGGGUGAGCAUCCAAAGGGCAUGCGUAUCCUUCGUAACACAGGCACGGCAUUGUGGCUAUUGUGCAAUUUUUUGGUCCUUUUCCUUUUGCUUACAAUUUGGGCCGCCAAACGGUGGAUCACCAGAUCCCUAUCUGCAGUUCAGAAAAAGGCUUUGGUGCAAGAAAUUCUGGAUAAUCACUGCAGGCUCAUGCUGACUGCACGCAAAAGAGCGGCAAUUAAUAAAGAACGUCUAUUUCCUCUUAUACUGCAAGAGCACCAGAGAUUAGAGACAGCUAACCGACAUUUAGCUGCAAGACUCAUGGAAACAAAUAUUCUAGAGGAGGACGGUGCGAAGGCUGGAAAGGAAGACGGAAAAUUAUCGCUGCUCGAAAGAAGCGCAACUAACGUUGCAAAAAUCAUUCGUGGUAUGGGUACUCGACUGAUGAAGAGAGCAUUUCGAAAAGCCUACCAGCCUUCAGUUAGGAGACUUUCAAAGGUAUCAGCACUAUCAUUUACAGUGGAAUCCUCAGCCAGAUUAAGAAAUUUAUUGGCAAAACGUAAGACGAAGGCACCUGGAAGCAUGCUUGACCAACGAGAACAAUCAAUGCCUCCGGGUGGUAGACAAACUAGGCGUUUGUCUGAGGCCACAAGAUCAAGGAUAAGCAUUGCAUCCGCAUUUGGUCGGCUCUCUGGUAUCAGCACCUCAAGCUUUCUGUCGCUGGCUUCGGAAAGGAAGAGACGAGAAUUCUUUCCAGAUGCCUCGAACUUUAGCCAAAGAGCAGGAUUGCGUUCCCGUAGUGAAGGACCAACUACUACGGGUGGGCUGAAACGUUCCGCCAUGCAGUGACCAUUGCCAAAUUCAUCUAAACUGCUAAGUUUCGUCGGUUUGUAUUCGAAGCGGCUUACUCCACAAGUGAUCAGGAGAUGAUGCCGCUAGCCGUUAGAUUGUGUGAAACUGAGACCAGGUGUACGAGUAUGCAUACUGUAACAGUCCAAAUGAGGUUUCUGUACAUAGUGGAACGCAUUGUUGCACUUGUUGUUUGUCCUUUAAAGAGCUGUUCGCGUGGCACAUCAUUACUGAUGGAGCUAUUGUGGGUGAUUGGAUACUGGAAACUAUUGUUUACACACUGGUGCAGGCGACUGGUAAAAUAUGUAUAUUCAAGCAGUCGUCACCAAGCAGAUGUGUAUUAAGUGUAAUGACUAUACACCUGCUUUGCUUAAUAAGGGACAUAGAAAUAACUAUGGAAAGAAAAUCGAAGAGGGUGCAAACAUUUAUCCGAGGAAGAAUUCCGCAGAGAAACGCGACUUAACUCUUAUGUUAAAACCGUAACCUCGAAUGCCAUUGACUUAGGUAUUACGUUGUGUUAAACACAAUACUCGUGAUGGCAAACGCCUACCGAACCGAAUUCUUCAUAUAAGCUGGUCAUAUCCUCGAGUCAAAUCAUAAGCUUAACACCCUACAUCCUGGUGCAGCAACGAUGAGCAACAUGCAAUCAUGUCACUGGUCAGUGUGCAUUCGAUGGACCAACCGAAGCAAACGAGUGCAUGGUGUUGCGCAGGGGGUUUGGGAUGUUAUUUUCAACUAGUGGACCUUGGGCUAUCCAUUUAGUGCUUUUGUCGCUCACGAAUAACCAUCGCGGACGCCGAGGACACCCAGUUCCGCAUUGAUUUCAAGUCGUUAUGGUCAGCUGCAUAUCCGUACGAUAUAUCUGGGCUUGUUACAGUGUUAUACAAACAGAUGUCUGAACUGUGGUAAAUCCACCUGAGUUUGAAGUGUUUACGUCAUGCGCUUCAGUGGUUUUAUAACUGGUGACAGUACAACUAACCGAAAAGGCGAACCGAACUGCCAUCUCCAUUUGCUGUUUGACGGCACUAAGAUUUGAUAAUGUGCCGAAUAGACUAUGUGGAAGCACAAGCAUUUGCGAUGUACAAAAUAUGCCGAAGCAUGCAAUGCAUUGAUGUAACAAUUGUACCAAUGCUUGUACGGCGUCAGAGCUGGUUUCAGAAGGAAUUGCGUUGUCCAUGUAUACUAGUUUCGUUAACUGAUGGAUUUGAGCAAUUCAAAGUCCAGAUAGGAC